AUAUUGAUACAGAGAGCGUUACCUGUUCGGCGAUUUAAAGGAAGAAAUUUUAGAAUUUAGGAUGUUUACAUUGGUUUUAGACAGUUCUUUACUACGCUGAGUGGUUAACUGAACUUUUCAACAUUUGCUGCUGAGGAACUUCUGGGGCAUGGGAGAAGCAGCUCCAGCUCAACCCACGGCGAGUGGAUUUCCACCGAUGUUAGGUGUUGGCAUGGUUGGCGCUAUGCCAGGUGGGGUCAACGGGCCAAUUACAGGCUCUCGAGGCUCUGCUGUCCCUCAGCUCCACAGUGCCAUUGUCGAACGUUUACGUGCCCGAAUAGAAUUGUGUCGGAGGCAUCACUCUACCUGCGAGAACCGUUACCAGCGAGGCCAAGCUGAGAACUCAGACCGAGAGCAUGAGAGUACACUUCAACUUCUGAGCCUUGUGCACCAAGGCCCUGGAAAUAGGAAAACCAAGGGCAAUAGAUCCACCUCUCAACAGCCCCCAGAAUUCAACAGAGUGAACGGUGAACAGAAGGCUAAUAAUUCCUCAGAGACAGAGUCAAAGCUCUCCACAAGAAUAGCACUCCAGGGAUCACUGAGGAGAAAGAUUGAGGGCCAGCCUCCCGGAUUCAGCCCCAAAAAUGGCCUCCCCUGUGUGGGCUCUGGCUCGGACUUCAAGCGUUUUCGCAUGGAGACCAACGCUGUGCGGCCUGGCCCUUGUGCACUGGGCACAGGGCAAUCCCAAACUCUGCCAGGAACCCUGGCUCACCCACUGCACAGGAAGGACAACUUCAUGAUCCCCCACAGUGUGGGAAGUGACCUGUUCAACAUGACUCUCCGAGAAAUGAAGAAAGAGCCAAUCGAGGUGCAUGCUUGCGGGCAUUCGGCAGUGGACGCUGGCAUGAUGCCGUUCGACUUCAAAGAUGAAGGUGUCGGUCAGAUUGACCCCGAGCUGCAAGAUUUGUUUGAUGAGCUCACAAAGUCAGUACCCUCACUCAACGAUCUAGAACUAGAGAAGAUGCUCAAGCACGAUGAAGACUUCAGCCUGGAUCUUGGCCGGCCUAGUUCAGCUGGUGCGGCGCACCCCUGCCCACACCUUGACAAGCCUAUCAAAACAGAGUAUUCCUCCGACUUUGGGCAAGCUACAGGGGGCUCACCUCAACUGAGGCCUGCCUCUGCUGGACCUUCUUUUUCGAUGACUAACACAACCUUGUCCCAGGUAUCCCAAGCAUCGGCGACUCCAUCUAGAGGCCUGCCGGCCUGGCCUGAGCUGUCACAUGCUGAGCAGCUUAAGCAGAUGGCUGCCAAUCAACAGCAGCCCAACUCUCUUCUCCACCACCAUCAACAGAGCCCAUCCGGAGGUGUGGGUAACUGGUCUCCUGCUAUGGGUAGUCACUCCUCUCCCAGUCCCUUUGGACAGGACAAGCCCUCUGGCUCUGGUCCUCAGUGCCAGCAGAGAAUUAGCCCUCAAACUGCCAGUCAGAGUAAAGGCAUGACCAACUGCCUGUUCAAGCCCAAUGGAUACAGUGCGUCAGGUCACACAGACAUGAAGGUUCUCAGCAGUAAGCCAAUGCUGCAUUUUAGCCCUAAAGGGGCACCUUCUUCAUUAAGUCAAGAGGUACCCCUCAUGUCUGGAAACCACAGUAAGUCUGGCCCCCAGCAACCUACAGCAGGCCAGAGCCAUCCCUCUCAUGCGGCUAUCCAUUUCCAGAAUCCACAGCUUCCCCUGCAGGGCUCCCCAUGCUUACAGCCUAAGUCCCUGCCUCAGAGGUCAUCACUAAACCAGCAUGGACCAGGGAUCAAUUUCAAAAUGGCUCCACAAAGACAGGUGAUGCCCUCUGGACCACGUCUACCAUCUAACGGCCGUUUGGUGGAUGUACCAGGCCAGCCUGUGCAGCAGCAAAGAGCCCCUGUUCCAAACAGCCAGCAGAAAACUGCAGGCAAGACUCAGGGCAUCCAGAGACAGCUUGGCCCAAACCAGUACAUUAUCAGUGAAGCGGACAAGGUCAGUGUUCAAGACCAGUUCAACCGUCACUUGGCGAGGCCACCACCCGACUACAAGCAACCAAGGAGUGCAGCCGGGGGUCCGCAGACAAACCUAUACACAGGUAUGAACUCUCAGCCAAUGACCAGUAAUGGUUCCGAUCAGACGGAUGUGCAAGCCCUCUCCUGCCAAAUACCCGGAAGUCAAGGUUCUAAGAUGAUGCCCACUUCUGGAGAGAGGAGAUUUGCCACUGGCCCAGAUCCUCACCAGUCCUGUCCUGGUCAGCAACGCCAACACAACAACCAGGGUAGGCUGGGAUUACAUCAGAACAAACCCCAGUUCCAGGGCAACAGUAGCCCAGGGAUCGCCUUCACACCCAAUGCUGUCUCAAACGUUCAGCAUGCCAGGACCAGUGGGGGACAAGACAGCUUGCUUGGGCCAGGACUGAGUGGCAUGACCCCUGAUGCAAACAGGCUAGAUCCUGGCAUGAACUGGACAUCAGGUGCCAAGCAGGUUGGGGUCCUGCCCGGGCUUGAUGUAAAAAUACUCCCUAACACAGCCCCGCCUCAGGUUGGACAGACUGACAUGGCAGCCAAUCACUUUCCUCCGAGGCCCAUUGGCCCACCCAAUCAGGUCGCACCGCAUUCUGCGUUGCUCCCGGCCAUCAGAGGAACAGCCCCCAGACCGAGCCUGCCUCGAAUGCCAGGUUUACCAGGGGUCAGCGGUUUGAACCAACCCUCCCCUGAGCAACAGGCGUGCACGACCACAUUCGCGACGCCAAACCACAGCCCCGGAACCUUCCAGAACAACCGUCCAGGCCGUCUCACUUUCGACUUUCUGCAGGAUGGAGACAACACGGUACCAGGGAUCAACACGGAUUCAGACUUCAUUGACUCACUUCUGAAGUCAGGCUCCGGCAGUGACGACUGGAUGAAAGAUAUCAACCUGGAGGAGAUUCUGGGCAGCCACUCUUGAAUGGGAGUUUAAGGAACACAAUGAGAAAAAUGGACUGAACUGUUCUGAUUUCAGACAUUUCGAGCCUGAUCAAUC